AUGUCUACUUCUUUCAUUUCUGAUACGGAUUUGCCGUGUGAACUUAACUCAGAAACACCAAUCCGUAGUCUCCAUUACGCAAAACGUGAAAAUGCUCAAAUUUCCGAAGAAAACGAAAUUUAUAUUGCGCAAAUUCGUAGUUUAAAAGAACAAUUAGAGAAAGUACUCGACAUUAAUAAGAAUUAUGACUCAAAAAUCACCGAAAUAGAGCAAUUAAACAAAACUAUACUGAGUUUACAUCAAGAAAAAGAAGAUUUAGGGCAUAGAUUAAAGAUAGCAAUAAAUUCGAAACAAAGUACAGAAGAGGAAUGCAAAAGAUCUAUUUACGAACUCCAACAAACAAUAAAUCCUAUGAAACAAAAAUAUGAAUCACAAAUCAAACAAUUAAAAUUCCAAAAUCUCCAACUACAAGAAAAUUACGAUUCUAUGUCAUCCGAAUUUGAGCUUUCUAAGACACAAAUUGCAAAUUUAUUAUCAAUUGCAUCAGAUAUUUAUGGAGAAGCAUUUUUAAACUUACAAGGCCUUAGAGAAUUCCUAGGUAGUCAUGAAGAAGACAGAAAGAAGGAAAAAAUUCAAUACGAACUUCAAAUGCAAAAUGAAAUGCAAACUUUGAAAGAUAAAAUACAAAUGCUCAAAGCAAAAUACCAUGCACAAAAAGAUGCAGCAAAAGAGAGCAUCAAAAGCUUAACAGAUCAAAUUUCUCAAAUUCAAGAGUUUAAUGAGACUCCUACUAUUAAAACAAGCAAUAACACUGAGAAAUCUUCUAUUAGAACUCCACCACCGAUUGAAAAAUCAUUUUCUCAAGUCACAACUCCAGAAAUUUCAAAUAAUAUUCCUCAAACUCCAAUUCUUCCUGCUUCUGAGGAUUCUACAUUCAGAAGAAGCGAAACAACAGAAAGACCAACACCUUCGCCUACAGGAAGUGUGAAUACCAAUCAAAAUUACGUAACUCCGACAACAUCUGAAAUUUUCUCUUCAAAUCGCAAUGAAGACAAUGUUUCAGAGCUCCAACAUCAAUUAGAAAAUGCACAGAAUAUGAGAAACUCAUUGAUUGAUGAACUUGCAAUAGAAAGGGCGAAGAAUAUGAAUCUUCAACAUGAAUUAGAGCAAACAAGAGCAUCAUUAGAACAAACAGCCAAUUUAUCAUAUUCCAAACCAAUUUCUGAAGCAAAUUCUACAAUUAAAUCAGAAAAUGAUGAAGAAUUACGUCAAUUAAAAGAAAAACUCGAAGAAACAAUCAACAAAGCAAAGAACUCUGACAACGAAUAUAAGAAGAAACUUGAAGAAGCCAAAUCCCAGCAAGAAUCAGAUAAAAAUGAAAUGAAAAAACAAUUUUCAGCGGAAUAUAACUUAUUACAAGAAAAAUUUGAAGAAGAGCGCAAAGAAUUUGCAAAAGAAAAGGAAAGAAUGCUAGAAGAUAUCAAGAAUUCCAAGAAAUACAUUGAAAAACAGAAGAAAUCGACGAAUGACGAAAUUUCUAAGCUGAAAAAAGUCAUUGACGACAAACAGAACAAACUAAAAGAAGCCGUAGGAACAAUUAAAACACUCCAGCUCAAGUUAAAACAAGCACAAGCAAAGAUUAAGAAACAAGUCAUGUUUGUGAACCCAAUUAACUGGUCGAACCUCCAUUUAUCGCAAGAUUUCAUUACAGAGCUCAUGCCAAAGAUAAAUGGACCAAAGAUGUCUGAUAGAGAUAAGCUAGAAAUAGCAAUUGUGAUGCUUGUCGACAGAUAUCGGGACAAAAUCCAAAAAAUUGUGGAUGAAAGUGUAGCAAAAACUAAUCAAAUGAGAGAACAAGUGCGAGGACUCAUUGGAAACCAGAAUUCUUCUGAUGAUGAAGCAAAUAUUAAUUUUGGAAGGUUAGUUGAGAUGAUUAAAUCAACAAUUCAGCAUCUGAAUGAACUGAAAUUAGAUGUUGGAAAGGUUUGUUCGACAUUAAACAUUAAAAAUAUUAAUGAUGUCGUAUCAACAGUUCAAAAGCUGACAAAUCAUAAUGAAAACUACCAGAAAGAAAUACAAAGUGCUAAGAAGACAAUUGAAGAUUCAACUUCUGCAUUACAACAGAAAGAAAUUUUGAUUCAACAAAUAACUGAACAAAAAUCAAAUGAAAUCGAUGCAUUGAACAGAAACAUCACUAAAAUAACAGAAGAUCUGCAACAGGGAAGAUCACAAAUAGAAAAUCUCAAUCAAAAUUUGUUGAUUUCAAAUGAUAAACUGGAACAAUGCAGAAAUCAAAACUUGGAAGAUCAGAAAACCAUCAACAAGCUUGAACUAGAGAAGGAAAGCUUAACAAACCAACUAAAUGACCUAAAAAAUCAAAUUAUUAAUUUGAAUAAUGAACUUGAAAGGCAAAAAUCACAAAUUAAUGAAGAAAGAUCCAAGUUUGAUAAAGAACGAGAUGCUUUGGAACAAAAAUAUCGUACAGAAACUGCAAAUCAAAUGAAAUCAAGAGAUGAUUCAAUUCACAGCCUCCAAUUACAGAUAGAAACAGUUAACAAUGAUUUAAGGAAGGCACAAAAUGACUUAGUAAUCCAAAACAAAGGUUCAGAGUCUUUAACUUCUCAAUUAGAAAUUUUCAGGAAGUAUAUUGAAAAAUUAAGAAGAAACAGAACAAAACUGAAGAAGAAAAUCAAAGUCUUGACACAAACAUUAGAAGAUACAAAGAUAGAAGCGAAACAAAAUGAAGAAGAAAUGAAGAUUGAAUUAGAUAAUAUGGAAAAAUCGAUGUUAACAAGGAUUAGAUUCCAAACUGAUGAAUACAAGGACUCUAUCAACAAAUUACAGCGUGAAGUUGAUAGGUUACAGAUAGAAAACGAAGGAUUCAAGGCACAAAACACAGAUUUAACUUUGAAGUUGCAGAAACAAGAAAUGUCUUCAAAGAUACAAAUUGCUGAAGUUCAAAGAGAUAAAAGACAACUCGAAUCACAGGUAAGAGCUCAGAUUUUAUACGCUAACUCAAAUACAGUGAAUACAAGAGUUUUCACUUCAGUUAGAAGUGACUAA